AUGAAUAAAGACGAAACCAAAACUCAAAGUGCAUCAGGGGCUGACAAGCCCCAGUUGCAAGACAAAACGGCCACUGGACUCUCGAAGAACAGGACCAAAUACAGCGGAGCCGCAAGGCGACGCUACCACAAAGAGAUGGAGGCACAAAGGGCUGCUCAAGCCCAAAAAACUCCGUCUCAAAGAAAUGACGAAAGGGGUGAGGGGACCAGGAAGCCCGGAAAACGGACUGCCCCCGACAAUAACACCCCUAGUCCAAACAUGGAGCGGCCAGAGAAGAAGCACAAAACCAACAGAGCUUCGUACUCACAGGCCACCACUCACAUGUUCAGGUGGGCGCUCAUCACAGAGCACUACCCAGAAGAAAAGUUAACCCAAGAGGAAAUCAAGGGCCUGAAGGGACUUCUGAGGUCCCAGAUCCUCUCCUUACCAGAAGGGACUAGGGCACCGAUUUUCGAAGGGCACUAUGAAAGCAGUUGGUCCCUUGGGAUCUACGCCACAGUGUUUCAAGCAGAGGUUCUGGCAAUCAAGAAGUGCACAGAAUUUCUGGUAAAUCGGCCGACACAGAACAAAUAUAUAUAUAUUUGGUCAGACAGUCAAGCCGCCAUUAAAGCACUCGCGAAAUCUACCACCGACUCUAGGUUAGUCUGGGAGACGAUGGGAGAGCUAGAAAAGCUGGGAAAACAAAACAGGGUAACCCUGGCUUGGGUUCCAGGACAUGAAGGUAUCCCUGGCAAUGAGAAGGCGGACGAACUGGCGAAGCAAGGAUCGCUAAGCGAUACCGAAGCGGAACCGAUAGGAGUCCCCCUAGCCACGGGAAAUAAAAUCAUCAAGGACAAGAUUCGACGGGAACACAACAACCGUUGGAAGAACACAAAGAGCUGCAGGAAAGCCAGGGCAAUGAUGCCCGGUCUGAAUAGCAAGAAAGCUCGACAGCUACUUGACAUGGACAGGAAGAGCUUGAGCACUGUGAUCAGGCUCCUCUCAGGACAUGGCAGGUUCAAAGCUCAUUGCACAAUCAUGGGCAUCGGGGAAGAUGCCCUGUGCAGAUUCUGUAAUGAAGAAAAAGAGGACAGUCUACACAUAGUGUGUUACUGUCCAGCGCUAGCCGUGACAAGAUUACGCUGCUGGGGGAUUGCUUUCCCCACGUGUGAUCAAAUCAAGGAUAGGAGUGCUUUGGAUCUUCUACGACUGGCCGUCAAGGCUGGGCUCGAAAUUUGA